AUGAGUGAAGAAGCUACUUUUGUACAUCCUGGAUCAAUUCCAAAUCUUGUCACAAACAACAGCAAAAAUGCAGAAAAACAACCAAUUAAAAUCCCUUCACAAUUUAUCCCUCCAUCUCAGAGAGCGGAUGCUCCACUUGCUGCAAUAAUACCGCCAGAAUUGGAUGAUAUUGAUCCCAGUUCAUUAUUCCCCGAUUUCGAUCAAAACGGGAUUUUGCGUUUCUCACGGCUUUUUGCAAAUGCCAAAGCCUCACUUAAAGAACAAAUUUGGUGGACUUCUAGAACAUUUAAGAAGAAAGGAGAAAAAACGAAAUUAUCGGCUGAACAAGAAGAAAUGGCAGCUAUUGCUAAUUUAAAGUUGACCAGCGAAAUUAAAAAUGAAAAGUCUACAGAAAUCAAGGAAAGCAAAGAGGGGAAUGUGGAAGAGAAAAAAGGUGAAGAAGAAGAAGAAUUGGAUAAAGAAAGGACUUUAAAAUCUGGUUGGGACUUUAAAUUAGGCGGGCUACCUAAAAAGAAGGAUUGUCUAAUUGAUGAAUAUGAAUUACUUUGUGCAGAAAAUUUGGAAGAAUUAUUAACCAAAAAUAAACAAUCACAACAAAUAAACGAGGAAGAUGAAGAAUCUGCUCCGCCUUGGAGAUUUGGACCUGCUCAAAUUUGGUAUGACCGGCUAGGGGUUCCUUCGAAUCCAGCAAAUUUUGAUUAUGGAAUGAAGAAAGGAAAGGUAUUCACUCCGAUGAACGAGCCGAAGUCUCCAGUUAUAGAUGACAAAACUUUUCUUCCUGUUAAUUUAAUUCAUUGGGAAGAUGAUAUAAUUAUUGAUGGAGAACAGGCGAAAGAAAAGUUGAUAAAAGAACUUUCUUCUGCACGUCUUCCUAGAUGUGGUUGGAUUCCUACUUCUCAUACAAGGACUUAUAAAGCUUUUAUGACUGCAUGGAAAAACAAAUCAUUCAUAGAAUACUUGGAAAACCCGGCAAAAGUAACUUCCCAAUCACAAUCUGGAACUUCUUCAGAUUUAAAAUCAGAUGCUCGAUUACUUAUUGACUCGCAACAUUCAAUAUUUCCUUUUGAAAAUUAUGAAUUGUGCAAUUCGAAUUGGGAAGAUGAUAUUAUUUGGGAUAGUUCUAAUAUGCCUAGCAUACCUAGUAUUAUUUUUUUAUUAGGGUUGUUUCUUUGGUGGAAAGUAGAUUUAUUCGGGAGAAGCCUAUUUUUGGAAAACGGGAAGUCAGGCCCGUACAAAGGAUUUUUUUCGCGGGGUGGGAGGGGGGGCAUAAGACAUAAGAAAAUGGAAGUUUUUUGAUUGAUUGACGGGUAGCUGAAUAGA